AUGGAAAAAACAGGCAUUUGUGGGAAAGGGUGCAAGGUGAUAAAGGAGGCUGGAGGGCAGGGCACUAAAAGUGUCAGCUGUGUUCUUGACCUCUCCAAGAGUCCUUUCAUUCAGGUAAAAGUGUUGUUUGCUCGGCCCAAGGAUGCUGGUUUUUCACGUAGCCACGGUAUCAAUAGUCAUUUGGCCAGCCUCUCCAUUGUUGGAAACAUGAUCCCCACUCCCAACCCCACUGCUGAGGAGAAGGCUUUCUGUGCCCUGGGUAACUUCAACGUGAGUGCCGAAAAUCAGGCCCAGAAUAAGAUGUACAUCAACCAAGUGUGUCGCGAGACUGUGUCUCGUUGCUGCAACUCAUUUCUGCAGCAGGCAGGAUUAAAUGUGUUAAUAAGCAUGACAGCUAUUAAUAACAUGCUUGCCAAGUCCGUUUCAGACUUGAAGCUUCCUUUGAUAUCAGAAGGAAGUGGAUGUACUAAGGCUCAGGUUUUGAAACCACUAAUGGGUUUGUCUGAAAAGCCAGCCUUGGCAGGGGGGUUGCUCGGGGCCCACGAGCUAUUGUCAUUCAUGCCCCUCUCUAUCAGAAAUGGAAACAGAGAGAUUCUCCUGGACACCUUGGCCCCUUAAAUGGCCAUCCCAAACAGCAACGGACCGAAUCCACCCAAAGCCCGUUUGUUGAGCACUCACCUGUGUUCUCACUCAAGGAAUCUGCAGUGGGUGCUGUAGAAGAUGCAGCCUUAGCCAAUCACCGCAUCACUGGGUGAAAGUUACAGUUGCUGAAUCAGGGACCACACUCUCACUGGCCAGGCAGGGGUGCCCACAGAGCUCAGAGUAACCUCUUGGUUUUAUAAGUCUGCAGGCAAUGCGCAUUGUAUAUCCCUCCCUUGCAG